UAUUUCACAGUAUCCGCAGAAAUUUACUUGACAGUUGAUAGUUAAAUAAUUUUCAAAAAUAAUAAUUGUGCGAGACCAAACUCCACUGAAAAAAUGUCGUGUAACGAACAUUAUAAAGAUGAUAUUGUAUACAUCACGCAAUUAACACGUAAUGUUCUAAGCGUGCUCGGGGUCUGGCCGUCUUCCAACAGAGCAAGAUCUGCUGGCGAAAAAAUUGUGAAGUUUCUGUUAAUCUGUGUUUCCUACGCUCUUCUUUAUUGCGUGCUGAUCCCGGGUAUCCUCUUUUGGUUAAUGGAGAAAAGAACGCGUAUCAGAAUACAAACAUUUCCUAUGCUUCUCUAUUGUUUCAUGGCAACGAGUAAAUACGGUAAUUUAAUAUUUCGCGAGAAUCAAGUCAAACGGUGCUUGAAACAUAUCGAGGAAGAUUGGAAGAUUGUUACUAGCGCAGAUGCGCGAGAUACAAUGAUCGAAUCAGCGAGAACGGGAAGACGUUUGGUUGCACUUUGCGGAGCCUUUAUGUAUGGCAGCGGACUCUCCUUCCGAUCGAUCUUACCAUUCGCUAAAGGAAAAAUAAUUAACGCGCAGAAUAUUACAAUUAAACCCUUGCCUUGUCCGGGUUACUUUUUUUCCUUCAAUUCACAAACCAGUCCUACUUACGAAAUGAUUUUUGCAAUGCAGUUCUUAUCAGGUUUAGUUACUUAUUCGAUCACAACGGGCGCAUGUGGUCUUGCAGCCGUGUUCGUGAUGCAUGCCUGCGGUCAGCUGAGAAUUUUGAUAGACUUGAUGCGACGUCUUGUCGAGGACCAAUGGCAAGAAAAGCAAGAGGUGGAUAGAAGACUUGCUGAAGUGGUAGAGCACCAAAUAAGAAUACGAAAUUUCUUGCGAUUAGUGGAGCAUACUCUGCAACAAAUAUGUUUGAUAGAAUUGAUGGGCUGUACGAUAAUUGUUUGCAAUUUAGGGUAUUGCAUAAUAGUGGAAUGGGAGAGAAGCAAUACAAUAGCUACAUGUUCUUAUUUUAUGUCGCUUACGUCUAUGCUAAUAAAUGUGUUUAUGUUUUGUUAUACCGGUGAACAACUUACGACUCAGGCGGAGAAAGUGGCUCAUACAUCGUGCGAACUUGAGUGGUAUCGUCUUCCGGAUAAAAAAGCACGCGGAAUUGUAUUAGUGAUGAUUAUGUCUAACUUGCCUACAAAAAUCACCGCUGGAAAGAUUAUGGACCUAUCACUUAAAACAUUUGGUGAUGUUGUUAAAACAGCUGUGACAUAUUUUAACAUGCUUCGAAAUGUAACUGAUUGAAUAUUUCAAUUCUAAUCAUUGAA